UAAAGUCCAGUGUUGUUUUCAAAGUCUUAUAUCGGUUUUGCCUCGCUCGUAUCUUGGCUUUAGUCCGGUUCACUCCAUUACAAACGUGUUUCUAAAAUUAUUCUUAGCAUGCAAUAAAGUGACAGACUUUGAUGUGAACCGGAAACGAGGGCGAGCUACCGAACGCCACCGAAGGAACCAAAGGGAAACAAGGGAAGCCAAAGCGCAAAAGCAAGCAAUAGUGUGCAAAUUGAUAUAGUCGGAGCAGCAUGGAUGAGGAGCACGACGACGAUCGAAUAAUAUGAGAUUAGAUGGGGCUCUAGAGCCCCGGCCCCGUCAAGGAGCUGCCACGUUCAAGGGCCGCCAGCCCCUGAGGCGCGACACCCGCGAACGAUGUGAGACGCAGCAUCAGCAGCAGCAGCAGCCAGCUGACGAGGACGACGAGGCCACAGACGCCGAGUGUUUGACCACCAACCGCAGCAGCAGCAGCAGUAGCAGCAACAAUUGCCAAGCCAACUUGGUCCUCAGCCCAGAGGGUGUUCCAGCCAGAAUAACAGCAAUCGCAGCCACAGAAGCAACUGGGGUAAAAGGCAAACUGGUAGCCACCCAGCGAACGCAGCAUACCAGGCCACUAUUAAUGGCGCCCAACGUGGGGCAUCAGCGGAAGAGCCUUGGCCUUCGACUUCCGAUGAAGCAGAUGAGCGGAAGGAUGGGCGGCGGGGCGAUGGGAUGGGAGCGCCUUAACGGCCUGGUCCUGUGCCUUGUUUCCGUUAUUGCCCUGCUGCCGCCGUUGACGCUCGGCGAUGACGGCGAUAAUUUCUUUGCCGUGAAUGCCUUUAGCGCGGGUCCGGAGACGACAACGCCCGAGUUCGAUUAUGCCAGCCGUGGGCAGAAGAAGUUCGGGGACAAGUGUGAGAAUACCCUGGAAUGCGGCUUCCCCGGCUCCAUCUGCGAUCCGAAGAAGAAGUCCUGCCAGUGCACCGAGGAUCUGCCCGUCACCAAUCACAUUGACAAAUGUGGCAAAGAGGCCGCCGUGAACGAGUCCUGUUUCUUCAACGAGCAGUGCGAGAUGCGAUACUUCCAGACGGAAUGCCGAGACGGGCGCUGCAUCUGCCGGUUCGAGAUGUCGCCCAUUUGGGCCAAGGACGGAUCCGUGGAGUGCAAAGGGCGCCAGGACAAGAGGGGACCCGAGACCUACAUCGAUCCGGCCAUGAUUGGCGUGCUGGUAGGAAUGGCAUUGAUGUUUAUUAUUAUUUGUGUCGUCCUGCGAUUGUUUAGCCAGGCUCGCUGGCGUGAGAACCGGACCAUCUUCAAUACGCCGAAUCCGCGUCUGAUGAACGUCUCCCUUCUGCGGGACAGCAAGCUGCUCCACGGCCAGGAGCGCCGGGGAUCCAGGAUGUCGGUGCGCGCUCCAUCCCGGCAGCCCAGCAUGGCCUCGCUGAGGCCCCACUCCCCCAACCCGUCGCUAGGUAAGACAGGAUCCCAUUCGGAGUCGCAUGGCAGCAAUGCAUCGGCCGCCUCGGUGCGCUCCAACCGCAGCAACUCGGUGGCUCCCGGCAAGGUCGUCCACCACGAGCGCCACGGAUCCGCCCAUCGCCAGCACCACUCACACGGCCACCAGUCGAAGGAGCAGCCGCAGUCGCCGCAAGAUCAGUCGCUGAUCACCAACAUCACCACGAAUCCGGUGGCCGAGAGCGUUACCGUGGAGAUCAUCGAGCCGGGAGAGAAGUAAGGGAUUCCAGAUUACAGAUUCCGGAGCAGGAUCGCCAUUCAAAGUACGAGGAAGCAACAAUGGCAUAGGCAAGAUUAACUGGCUAACUCUCUGACACACGAACACUGGACACGAAUUACGAAAAACAUAUAUAGUCACGAUAUAUGCACGCGAUAAUAAGGCGGGCCCGCACCCAAAUGGGGCGUGGCCCCGGCAACCAACACACAAAAAACUAACAAACAAACAAACACACAUAAGGCCAUUGUUCGACUCUUUUUGACAAAGACAAUUUUUGCAAUUAAUGGAAAUUUUUUAACCAAACCAAUUAUAUACUUAUUAUAUAAAUACAGAGCAUAUAAAACACACACACAUACACCCAGAACAAUGCUAAAUGAAUUACUUACGUACGACUACACCGUAAAAAAUAAUUGAAAAAAACCUUGCAUAACAAAUUCAUACUACUCUUUUUUUCAACCAAAAAAAAAAAAAACGAAGAAGCAAACAAGAAAAAGAAAAACCGAAAGAGGAAAACUUUAUUAAUUUAAAUAACAUAUUGUAAUGCAGUUAUAUAACUAAGCUUUGGGUUAAAGGCUUUAAGGAUUAAAACACAGCGUAGAAGAAACCUAGAGCAUGAUCUCAAUCGUAGUGUUCUAUAGCCAGCCAUUGGAGGCACUGCAUCGUGGCCAAGGAUGCGAUUAAUUGGCAGUAACCAAAUGCAAACCGCUGAUACAACGCCUUAUCUAUACUUAUAUUAUAGAUCCAAUUGCCGCUCUAGCUCCCAAAUACGGAUGUUAUUACCCAGAAACGAUGACGAAACCAAGUUGAUGAAAUAUUUAACAACCUCGGGACCAUAUUUUAUAAUCAAAAUAUGCGUUUCAUUGCGAAGCACGCACGUUCACAUUAUCCUCGUUUUGGUAUUGACUUUUCGUUCUCGAACCGAUUCGGGUUCGGAUGUAGGGGAUACUGAAAAGGAGUACCUAUAUUUUUAACAACUAGCUGAGCAAAUUUUAGGGAAGACUCACAACAUGAUAUUAAGGAUAAUGAUUAUACAAGCUCGCCAAGAGUCCAAAAUCUAAAUUGACUUCCAGUUGAAUGACAUAUGGUUUGACUUUAGUUCUGAACAAGGUAGACUUUAUGCUGAUUUUUUGGUUCGACAGCUUUUCUCACGCCGCACACCGCAGAUCGGCACUGAUUUUCGGAUUUUCGGACUGUGUAUUGGGCUAGUCGGGAAUAGGGGAAGAUUUCCGGGUCUGUCCAAUGCGGAAUUCGUUAUCAGAUCGGACCGCAGAUCUCCAGAUUAUAGCCAUAGUAGGAAUAGAAUCGAUAUUGAUAAGGUUUAGUUGUUGCCCCCAAAACAGACGAUUCUCAUUUGCUUUUGUGCUCAAUCAAAGAAGCUUAACUGUGAGAAUACCAAAUGAAUACAAGAUACAAAUAAACGUAGAGCGAAAAAAAUCUUAAAGUUGCUUGAGAACUUCUAGCUAAACAAUUACAAUUAGAGUAACAUCAAGAAAACUUAAAAAAAAAAAAAAAAAAACGAAAACAUUUUAUUAAAGCAUCGAAUUUUUCUCAAAACAAAAUGAGCAAACAAACAAUCUUAUUUCUAGGACAACCAAAUCUAGAUACUUAUUUAAAUUCUAAAGGGCAUUCAAUAAAACAAUUUAGGCUUUGGAAUUUGGGGAAGAAUUUCAAGGUUUAACUUUGUUUUUACCAACCGCAAAACACUUACAUCUAAGCACCAAAGAUUUAGAGUAUAUUACAACUAAUUAUAAAUGAGAAUACAAAUAAAUGAAUCACUGAUUUUUCUAUUUACAUCAAAUAUUGUUGAAGGCAGACUUUAAGCGAAUUUUAAAUAAGCUAAACCAAUGACGAGCAUAAGAAGAGAAUAUUUUAAAACCAAUUAUAUACAUACAUGAAUAUGCUUUAUUUACUUUAAUAUUUACAUUAUACACAACAACUACAUACAACUAUUAUAUGAACUUGUAUUAAAGUUUCGUGAAAAACUGCUACCAAACCGAAUGCGAUAAAUUCAUUUACACUCUACCAAAGGAAAACAAAAAUUUUAUAUACGAAGCGAAUCUUGUAAUGCUAAUAUUAUACAUCUAGAAUCAAAUGCCAUUAUCGCACAUCUAAGUCAUACGAAACAACAAAGAAAGAAACAAAAAAAACUAAAGUAAUGAAGAGACAACCUAAAUCUUUAAGCCUAGAAGAGAAGCAACUUAUAGAGUUCAACAGUUCGAUUUUUCAUGUGACUUGUAACUACAAAGAAACCAAAAGGAACCUAGAAAGGAUCGUAGUUAUAGAGAGCGAAUCAAAGCCAGACAGUACGAGUAGCAAAAUAUAGACGAUGGUAACUUAACCUUAACAAGAUAAUUGCUUUUUCAAAUUCAAGAAGGCAAACGAUCGAGUUGAAACAACUAAGUACGAGUAUAUUAUGAAGUACAUAUAAAGUAUAUACAUAUAUAACUAUAUUUAAAGAUCAGUUCACUAUAAUAAAGUCUAUAUUACCAUACCUAA